GCACCUGCGCAACAAGAAUCUCAGACUUGGAUUCAAAUCAAAAGAAAUUCUGUCAAUAAAUUCAAAUGCUCAUGUAUUUAGUCUAGAACAUGUCUAGAAAAACCGUUAUUAGAGGAGUGGAGCACUACAAAAAUAAUAAUCUGUAGUAGCACAUUAUUAACAUUUAAAAUAAAUAUUCGUGUCAUUCAAGUGUUAGUCCGACAUCUACCAGACCACUUUAUGGGAGUUAAAUAAUAUGAAGAUUCUAUGAUAUUCCAACUCCAAUAUAACUUAAACCAUGGAACUGGGAAAUUCAAGUAUUCUUCAUAUGGGGGACAUAGUCUCCCUAUAUGCAGAAGGCAAUGUUUGUGGAUUUUUAAGUACCUUGGGGUUGGUAGAUGAUAGAUGCGUAGUAUGUCCAGAAUCGGGCAACUUAACGAAUCCACCAAAGAAGUUCAGGGACUGUUUAUUCAAAAUAUGUCCCAUGAACAGGUAUUCAGCCCAGAAGCAAUUCUGGAAAGCGGCCAAACAGAGCAUGAGCUCUAACACCGACACUAGUCUCUUAAAAAGAUUGCAUCAUGCCGCAGAAAUCGAGAAAAAACAAAAUGAAUCAGAAAAUAAGAAAUUAUUAGGCACAAAAGUUCAGUACGGAAAUGUAGUCCAGUUAUUGCAUUUAAAGUCAAACAAGUACUUAACAGUAAAUAAGCGCCUUCCGGCCUUAUUAGAGAAGAACGCAAUGCGGGUGUACUUAGAUAGUAACGGUAACGAAGGUUCAUGGUUUUACAUCUUGCCUUUCUACAAACUUAGAGCUACGGGUGAUAAUAUAGUCCUUGGUGACAAAGUGAUUUUAAAUCCGCUAAGUCCCGGCCAACAACUCCAUGUUUCUAAUCACAAAUUGCCGGACAAUCCUAGUUGUAAGGAAGUUAACAUUGUUAACGGAAACACGUCGUGGAAAGUUACGCUGUUCUUGGAACAUAAGGAAAAUCUAGAGGACAUUCUAAAAGGAGGAGACGUUGUUCGGUUGUUUCAUGCUGAACAGGAGAAAUUUUUAACUAUGGAUGAAUAUAAGAAGCAGCACCAUGUGUUUCUGAGAACUACGGGUCGCACUAGUGCUACGGCAGCAACAAGUAGUAAAGCUCUAUGGGAGGUAGAGGUUGUUAAACAUGAUCCUUGUAGAGGUGGAGCAGGUAACUGGGACUCCUUAUUCCGCUUUAAACAUCUAGCGACAGGGCAAUAUUUAGCAGUAGAUGUAGACAAUGAGCAUGUAGAGCUGGAAGAAGACAAAAACAAACUUAACGAAGCUGAUCGAAAUACCGAAAAUCGCCGAUACCACCUAGUACCACUAGGCUGCCUUUACGACAUAGCAACCUUGUUUGAAUUAGAUCCUACAAGUUUAACAAGGGCCGAUUCCUUAGUACCGCAAUCGAGCUACGUGCGGUUACACCACAUGAUUACCAACAGCUGGGUUCAUUCUACGUCGGAGUCCAUAGACAAAGACGAAGAAAAGCCAGUUAUGUCCAAAGUUGGCUGCGCAGUUACUAAAGAAGACAAGGAAGCAUUUGCGGUAAUUGCUGUAUCGCCGGUUGAAGUCCGAGAUUUAGAUUUUGCUAACGAUGCUUGCAAAUUGCUGUCUUCUUUGUCAGUCAAACUGGAGCAAGGUACAAUCUCACACAACGAAAGACGAUCUUUGACAACUCUUCUCCAUGACAUUGUUUAUUUCAUCGCAGAACUGGAAAACGAGCAAAAUAAAACAGAAGCAUUAGAGUUAGUGGUUACAAAUCCUAAUCGUGACCGACAGAAAUUGUUAAGAGAACAAUCCAUACUUAAACAACUCUUCAGAAUAUUACAGGGUCCUUUUUUGGAUAGUGGUGGAGAAGGACCGUUUUUAAAAAUAGAAGAGCUAAACGAUCCAAGACAUGCACCAUAUAAACAUAUAUUUAGGCUGUGUUAUAGAAUUUUAAGGCUAAGUCAGCAAGAUUAUAGAAAAAAUCAAGAAUACAUAGCCAAACAUUUUGGCUUCAUGCAGAAACAGAUCGGGUAUGACAUCUUGGCGGAGGAUACAAUCACAGCAUUGCUGCAUAAUAACAGGAAGCUCUUGGAGAAGCAUAUAACUCCAGCAGAAAUCGAAACUUUUGUAGGAUUGGUUAGAAAAAAUAUGAACAACUGGGAAUCUCGUUUUUUGGACUACUUAUCUGAUCUUUGUAUAUCUAACAAAAAGGCGAUACCGGUAACCCAGGAAUUGAUAUGUAAAAGUGUCUUAAGUCAGAAAAACGCCGAUAUUCUCAUUGAUACUGAAAUGGUUAGCACCCAAGUAGAAGUACAAGAAGUUAAUGAAGAUGGCUCGAUAGAACGAGAAGAUGAAUCUUUGAUAACUGACGUAGAAGAGAUUCAGCUACUGUACGGCACUCCUCAAAAAUCUGUAUUUUUAAGUGAUCUUUGUCGGAAUGCAAAGUUAGGAAUGAAAGAAGAUCAAGCCAUUUUGGACUAUUACCGACACCAGCUCGAUUUAUUCUCGAAUAUGUGCCUCAACAGACAAUACUUAGCAUUGAAUAAUUUAUCUCCUCGGUUGUCCAUUGAGCUUAUACUCAAAUGCAUGUCAGAUGAAUCUGUUAGUUUCGACCUAAGGGCGUCUUUUUGUCGACUGAUGCAGAACUUACACGUUGAUAGAGACCCUCAAGAGUUAGUAACUCCGGUAAAAUAUGCUAGACUUUGGUCGGAAAUACCAAAUCAGAUGUCUAUUUCAGAUUAUGAUUCAAAUAAAACUCCAAAUGCAAAUAAGGAAGCUGUGAGAGAAAACUUUUCAUCAACUAUAGCAUUUGUUGGAGAAUAUCUCUGUAAUGUAGUGGCUAAAAUGUGGUCGUUUGCGGAUCAAGAACAGAACAAACUGACUUCUGAGGUGGUGAAAUUAGCUAGAGAACUAAUAUAUUUUGGUUUUUAUAGUUUCUCUGAUUUGCUUAAAUUAACAAAAACUUUACUCAACAUUUUAGAUUGUGUUUCUGAGAGUGAUUUCUUGGAUGGACGUGUACCAUCAGUAGACAUAGAUUCAGGAGAACCAGUUCCAGAAAAAAGAGCAGAAGGAGGUGUAUUAAGAACAAUAGGUGACAUGGGAGCUGUUAUGACAUCACUUACUUUAGGCUCAGGAGGUAGGGGUGGAUUAUCCCCUAACUCUGUGCCCCAUGGAAAAGCAAUACAGUAUAUGAAAGAAUAUCCAUUGGUGAUGGAUACUAAGCUAAAAAUUAUUGAAAUAUUACAGUUUAUUUUGGACGUUAGACUGGACUACCGUAUAAGUUGUUUAUUGAGUAUAUUUAAACAAGAGUUCGAUGAAAACGAGAAAAAUUCAAGUGUUGGUGGAGAUGUUAACCUGGGACAAAAAAAUAUCGACUUAGAACGAAUAGCCAGUCAAGCAGAAGGUAUAUUUGGCAGUAGUGAGGAGUGCGCUGUGUUAGAUCUGGACGGGCAUGGUGGGCGGACGUUUUUAAGGGUUUUGUUGCAUUUGACAAUGCACGAUUAUCCGCCGUUAGUUUCUGGAGCUCUGCAGUUGAUGUUUCGACAUUUUAGCCAACGCCAGGAAGUACUACAAGCCUUCAGGCAAGUUCAGCUGCUAGUUUCAGACAGUGACGUUGAGUCUUACAAACAGAUUAAAGCAGAUUUAGACGUUUUAAGACAAUCGGUAGAAAAGUCGGAGCUUUGGGUCUACAAAUCAAAGUCAUUAGAUGAUCACACUCCUACCAAGAAAGGCAAAGACGAUGAAGAAGAACAUACAACAACUACUAAAGCACCACCUAUGGGUGUGCUAGAAAAGAAAGGAUCUGCUAUUAAUCUCGAUGUCGGCCCGCCUUUACACCAAGACCAAGCUGAUGAGUACAAGAAAAUCCAACAGAUCCUCAUACGAAUGAACAAACUAUGCACACAAGGGGUGGUUGGUGGGAUUAUUAAGCCCCAGAAGCACGAACAAAGGCUUUUACGAAAUGUCGGAGUUCACACAGUCGUUUUAGAUCUUUUACAGGUUCCAUAUGACGAAAAAGAAGACAUUAGAAUGAAUGAACUGAUGAGACUUGCUCAUGAGUUCUUGCAAAACUUUUGUCUAGGAAAUAAACAGAACCAAGUUUUGCUUUAUAAGCAGUUGGAUCUGUUUCUUAAUCCUGGGAUUCGAGAAGCCCAGACUGUUUGUUCAAUAUUCCAGGACAAUUCAAAAUUGUGCAAUGAGGAAAAUGAAAAAGUUAUACAGCAUUUUGUCCAUUGUAUAGCUACCCAUGGAAGACAUGUACAGUACUUGAAGUUCCUACAGACUAUAGUUAAAGCAGAAAAUAAGUUUAUUAGAAAAUGUCAAGAUAUGGUCAUGCAAGCAUUAAUUAAUGCUGGAGAAGAUGUUUUGGUGUUUUAUAACGACAGAGCAUCGUUUAACCACUUCAUAGAGAUGAUGCGUUCUGAACGUCAUUGUAUGGAUGAAGGUAGUCCACUAAAAUAUCAUGUAGAGUUGGUAAAACUGCUGGCUUGUUGCACCAUGGGAAAAAAUGUGUACACUGAAAUAAAGUGUCACAGUUUACUACCUCUAGAUGAUAUAGUGACAAUGGUAAUCCAUUCUGAUUGUAUACCUGAAGUUAAAGAGGCCUAUGUAGGCUUUUUGAAUCAUUGUUACAUAGAUACUGAGGUUGAAAUGAAGGAGAUAUAUAAUUCGAGCCAUAUGUGGACACUGUUUGAAAAAUCUUUCCUGGUGGAUAUGGCAGAUAUAGCGACAGCACCAAACGACAGAAAACAUUCUGAUAAAGCUCUUGAAAAUUAUGUGACGAACUGUGUCAUGAAUAUAAUUUCUACUUUCUUUAAUAGCCCUUUUUCUGAUCAAAGUACAACAGUACAGAAACAUCUGCAUGAAGCGAGGGUAUUUUGGAGCGACUCUACAAUGGAUGAUUACGAUCCUUUCGCGGGUAACGUUCAACUCAAACAAUCUCCAUUUUCUACUAACACAAGGCAACCCAUUUUUGUACAGCUAUUGCAAUCAGCAUUCAGAGUAUCUCAGUGUCCUUGGCUAGCCGCAUCACAACGCUUUAAUGUUGAAAAUUGUAUACGUACUCUCUCUGAAGUUGCUAAAAAUAGAGGUAUUGCUAUACCCCUCGAUCUAGAAAGCCAAGUAUCUGCUAUGUUUAAUAGAGCUACAAUUUUAACAAGGCAAACCAGUAAAUGGUUGCAGGCUGCUAAAACUCCAAAGAUGGAAAGAUCUCAGUCACAGAUUAUUCGGCUUGAUAGGAGUAUCAUAGAAGGUUUACAGGAUAUAGUAUCAGUAUUAGAAGACCAAUUAAAGCCACUGGUCCAGUCAGAGCUUUCCUUGUUGGUUGACGUCUUGUACAGACCGGAAUUAUUGUUCCCACCAGGCACUGAACCGCGAAAAAAAUGUGAAAGUGGAGGAUUCAUAAGAAGGUUAAUCAAACAUACAGAAAAGCUAAUGGAAGAAAAGGAGGAAAAGCUUUGUGUGAAAGUACUGCGGACGUUAAGAGAGAUGAUGGCUAUUGACUGCGAAUAUGGUGAAAAGAACGAAAAACAGGUUGAAAACGACAUGGGUGAUGUUUUGAGGAACAUACUGUUAGCCAGAUACUUUGAAAAGGCAUACAUUCUUAAUAACAAUUCGGUUGAACUAGGAACCACUCUUCCAUUACCAGCCACUCAUGGUCCAGGAGCAAAAAUCUUGAGUAGGGCGGGAAGAACACUGCAUGAAGUCCAGACGCACCUGGAUAGGGAGGGAGCUUCUGAUUUAGUGGUUGAGCUGGUCAUCAAAAGUGGAAAUUCGCCCUCGAUAUUCAGCGAAGCUGUUGAAUUGGGUAUAGCUCUUCUUGAAGGAGGAAACCCCAUCAUUCAGAAGAGUAUGUUCAAUAAACUAGUUGGUGGUGACAUGAGUCAAUCAUUCUUUCGGGUAUUUCACGACAAAAUGAAAGAUUCACAACAAGAAAUAAAAUCAACGGUGACGGUGAACACAUCUGAACUGGCAGCGAAAGCUCAAGAAAGCAAACAGGAUGGUAAAGAGGGAGAUAAAGUUGCUAGGAAAUCUGAUAGUAAAUCAAACGGAAUCAUGAUUUCGCCUGAACUAAGAGAUGAACUAGGUGAAAAUGUAGAAACAAAUGCUCAAGUUCUAGCCAAUAUACGUUUGGUUUCCGGAGAAGAUGGAACACUAAACUCAACUGCGUCUUCCCUAGAAGAUUUGUUAGCUGAAAAAUCCGAAAAGCAAAGAGACCGGGAAGACCAAAACGGUCUGUCUAAUAAAGUGUUGAUUAUGCAGCCGAUAUUAAGGUUUUUGCAGUUGUUGUGUGAAAACCACAAUGCGUCAUUACAGAAUUUAUUACGAAACCAAAACAAUAAAAGUAAUUUUAACUUAGUGUCUGAAACCUUAAUGUUCUUGGAUUGUAUUUGCGGAUCUACGACGGGAGGUUUGGGCCUGCUUGGUCUGUAUAUAAAUGAAAACAACGUUGCACUGAUUAACCAAACUUUAGAAACUUUAACUGAAUAUUGCCAAGGACCUUGCCACGAGAACCAAAACUGCAUAGCUACUCAUGAAUCGAACGGAUUGGAUAUUAUAAUAGCAUUAAUUUUGAAUGAUAUUAAUCCUCUUGGAAAAACUAGAAUGGAUUUGGUUUUGGAACUCAAAAAUAAUGCGUCCAAGUUAUUGUUAGCUAUAAUGGAAAGUAGAGGUGACAGUGAAAACGCCGAGAGGAUUUUAUCAAACAUGAUCCCUAAGCAAUUGGUCGAUGUUGCGUGUAACGCUUUCCACCAAGGAGAUGUGAAGGAAACCGUUGACGAUUCUGAUGAUAUGGUAUCUCCAAGAGACGUAGGUCACAAUAUUUGGAUAUUAUGCCACCAAUUAGCUCAACACAACAAAGACUUGGCGUCUUUAUUAAAACCAGCGGAAAACGGAGAAUCCAAAACGCAAAAGGCUGUAUCGUACUAUGCUCCUCAUACUGCACAAAUUGAAAUCGUCCGACAAGAUCGUACUCUGGAACAAAUAGUCUUCCCCAUACCAGAAAUCUGCGAAUAUUUGACUGAAGACACUAAAAUUAAAGUCCUUAACACUGCCGAGAGAGACGACCAAGGAUCCAAAGUCGCUGACUUCUUUGACAGAACUGAACCCAUGUUCAAUGAGAUGAAGUGGCAAAAGAAACUCAGAGCACAACCUGUAUUGUUUUGGGUCAGUAACUAUAUGUCUCUAUGGAGUAACAUCCUGUUCAACUGUGCCGUACUUAUUAACCUCAUCGUGGCUUGUUUUUAUCCAUUUGAUAACAUUGUUCCAACCAUUAGCUCCACAAUAUCCGUACUUAUUUGGUUUGCCAUGCUAUCCUCAUCUGCAAUAGUAGUGACACUCCCUAGAGAGACGGGAAUCAGGACGUUAGUAGCAUCAACAAUUUUACGACUGAUAUACUCACUUGGUCCAGAACCCACACUUUGGUUAUUGGGCACUGUGACAAUUUUAUUGAAAUGCAUACAUCUAGUCAGCAUCAUGGGAAACCACGGUACUCUUACUAAAACUUACCAGCAGAUUUUGACCGAUGCGGAGUUGUUGUACCACCUAGGAUAUCUGAUUUUUUGUAUCCUAGGACUUAUCAUGCAUCCGUUUUUCUAUAGUGUUCUACUAUUUGAUGUUGUGUAUCGUGAAGAAACCCUAUUGAAUGUGAUCCGUUCCGUCACUAGAAAUGGUCGAUCGAUAGUUUUAACCGCAGUCUUAGCCUUAAUUCUAGUAUACAUGUUCUCUAUUAUUGGAUAUAUGUUCUUCAAGAAUGAUUUCAUAGUUAGUGUAAACAAAAAAGAUGAAACAUGUGAAACUAUAUCUGAGAUGACCGGUAAACAUUAUCAAGAAGAUGCAACCGGUAAAUAUUGCGAGCUUGUAGAUGCUGGAGAAGAAAGACAAGAGCGAGCCUGUGAUUCUUUAAGAAUGUGUAUUAUUACUACUUUGAACCAAGGUUUAAGAAAUGGAGGGGGUAUAGGUGAUAUUUUAAGAGCUCCCAGUAGUGAAGAAUCUCUAUUUGUUGCAAGAGUGGUAUAUGACUUACUGUUCUUCUUCGUCGUUAUAAUUAUUGUACUUAAUUUAAUUUUUGGUGUCAUUAUCGAUACGUUUGCGGAUUUAAGAUCUGAGAAGCAACAAAAGGAGCUGAUUUUGAAAAAUACAUGCUUCAUCUGUGGUUUGAACAGAUCGGCUUUCGACAACAAAAUCGUUAGUUUCGAAGAUCACAUCAAAUGUGAACACAACAUGUGGCACUACCUGUACUUCAUCGUUCUAAUCAAAGUCAAGGACCCUACAGAAUUCACCGGUCCUGAAAGCUACGUAUACGCUAUGGUGAAAGCCGCAAACCUAGAAUGGUUUCCGAGAUUGCGGGCCAUAUCCUUGGCAGCAGUAGAAGGAGAAGGGGAACAAAUCGAGUUCAAGAGUCUUCAAGGUCAACUACAAAAGACCGAGAUGUUGGUAACCACUCUAAGCCAGCAGCUCAUGGAGUUGAAGGACCAAAUGGCGGAACAGAGGAAACAGAAACAGCGGCUGGGGCUUCUAAGCUCCAACUCGGCUUAUUUACAGACUUCUAAUCUCAAUUAGAUUCUAGUCUUUAACCUUAAAAACUAGGGCUCUCUGUGGAUAUUUGGUAAAUAAAUAUUAGGGACAUUUUUUUUUCAAGAAAUCGUAUGGAUUUUCAUACACCUAGACCUUUAAUUAUUCUUGCCAGAUUAUAUUUCAUGCCUAUUUUUAAAUCAACAGAGACAAUUUUUGUUAACGUGUAAUGAGAUAAUCGUAUGGACUGUAUUUAUGGGAACAUAAGGCAAGUAAAUAAACAUGGUUUCAAAAGUUAUGCAUCACCCAAAAUUUUCGCUAUUAUUAACUAUUUCAGCCCGGAUAGCCCAACCGGUAGGAUGUCUGACUUCCACGCAGGUAGGCCGGGGAUCGAAUCCCAGCGCCAGCGAGAACAUCUAGACUUCUUCUUCUUCUUCCUUCUUGUAUGUAGGCUUUAAAGCCUGUUUCUUCUUCAAUAUUAGCCUACUAAAUUGUUUAAGUUAUCGCACCAUCUUUUUUUUGGUCUGCCAAUACUGCUUCGUUCAUUUGGUGACUUAUCUCGUACUAUUCGUACAUCCUCUGCCAUUCUACUAAUGCGUUCGUUCCACUCCUGUUUCCGUUUUGUCACCCAUCCGUUUAUGUCUUCUACAUCGCAUGAUCUUCUUAUAUUUUCGCUUCUCUCCCUAUCCGACAGACUUUUCCCUGAUAUUCGUCUGUUGUGUUUCCGAGUAUUUUCAUCUCUGUUGUUUCUAGUAGUCGUCUCGUUUUAGAUGUGUCAGGUCUUGUCUCCGCAGUGUAUGUCAAUAUAGGUAUAAUUGCUGCUUUAUAGAUUCUUGCUUUUGUGUCUUGUCUUAGGUGUUUGUUCUUCCAGAUUGUGUCAUUAAGAUAUCCCGCCACUUUACUUGCUUUUAAGCGUUGUUGUCGUACCUACUUCCUCUUCAACAUCCCAUAUUCCCAGAUAUCUAAACCUUGCUUCCUGUUUUAUUAUUUUCCCAUCAAUUUCGAUUUUACAUCGUAGUGGGUAUUUAGAUGUUGUCAUACAUACAUUUGGUUUUUUCUGCUGAUAUUAUCAUAUUGAAUUUCUUGGCUGUUGUAUUGAAGAUGUGUGUUAAUCUUUGGAGAUCGUCUUCUGUCUCGGCGAUUAAUGCGGCGUCAUCUGCAUAACAUAAUAUUUGGAUUUCUUCGUUCCCCAUUCUGUAACCAUGACAUUUACGUACUACUUUUAUUAUUUCGUCCAUUAUUAUAUUAAAGAGCAGUGGGCUUAACGAGUCACCUUGUCUGACUCUGCUUUGUACUGGUAUAAACUGCGUUAGUUUUCCAUUUAUCUUUGCCUGUAUUCGAUUAUGAAAGCAGGUGUUUUCGAUGGUUUGUAUUAUGUUGAUUGGUAUGUUUCUUCUAUACAGUAAAUGUAAAUGUAAGACUAGACAUUUUUAAAAAUGUCUAUAGGCUCAGGUCGACGCAGCUUGAAUAAAAUGAGUACCUUGGGUAAAACCAGGGGUAAUAAUGGGCGGUUGAAGCGUAGCACUCACCCUGUUACCUUCCUUGUCUACCGUAGCCCUAAAAAUGGCGGACUACACUGCUAUAAUCCCAAAACCGAGUUAGCGGUAUAAGACGGGAGACUAUUAUUAUUAACUAUCUUCAGAAAGUACUGUUACAGAUCAUUUUAUAAAAAAAUAUCAUAACGUUGACAGAUAUUUUUUGUUUUAAAAGAGAUUCUGUUUUUUAAUAAAUAAACAAUUUAAAACUAAACAAUUUAUUUCUAAUUAAAUGUAUUUAAUAAUUUUAAUAUCGUAUUUUUCCACCACGGGCAUCGGUGCAAGCCUGGAUUCGAAUCUAAUACUGCUAACAAGUCGAUGAAUCAUAUUUCCUGUGGCAGAUUCUCCCAUUUUUCUGUACAGGCCAUUGUAAGUCCAUGAUGGGUUCUAGGAGGAUUCCUUUGGGCAUGAACAUCUCUGGAGAGCACAUCCCUUGAAUGUGCAAUGGGGUUCAUGUCUGGAGACAUUGUAGGCUACUCCAAACGGCGAAUAACUUCUGUCUCAAGAUAGUCAUUAACCGCUUGAGUCCUAUGUGGGAAGGCGUUAUCAUUCAUAAAUACAAAAUUUUCACCCACAGCUCCUCGCUAUAUGUAAUCUCACAUGAGGCUAUAAAAUCCGCCUGCACCACUGGAGGCGGUGCAAAACAUGUCUAGGUUGUAGCUGACGAACUCUUAUUGAUCAACGACUACUCAAACCUAACUCUAAAAUUAUUCUUAUGAUUGUAGCCAACGAUACUCUGACUCCUGUAGAAUGACUGAAGUCUUUUUGGAGGGCUGGUAUAGACAUAGAAGCAUAAUCUGAUAUAUCUAUUAUUGCUCUUUGGUAACUUGGGGUGUACCAGAGCGAGCUCUAUUCUGUAUCUAAUUUGUCUCCAGAAACCUAUUUUAUAUCCAUGAGACAUCACUAUGACAAUCACCCCCUUUCUUCCACGAACCGCUGUGAAUGGCCUACUUCAACUAAAGCGACAAUUAUUCACUUCUUCACACGAAUUAAAUUACGAUUCAUUAUAGGUAAAUCACGUUUUCACAAAUUUUACCAGAAUAAAUUUUUCAAAUGUUUGCUCCUUUACAAAACCAGAUCAGUUAAAUGGGUAUUUAAAUAAAAUCAAAAACCAAAAAAGGUGUAUUUUAUAUGAAAAAGACCUAUUAUAUAAUGUGAUAAGGAUACGGAUUUAUAAAAGUGUAAAAAUCGUGAAUACGACAGAGGAUGUAUAACUUUUGAAACUAUGUGUAUAUUGGGCCAGGGUAAUAAGGCAAAACUAUACCCUGUUCGUGACACUUCAAUAGCCAGAGCACUGAAGCGUUUUUUCGAAAGGUAAUACCUAUAAGAGCAAAUUGUAACUAUUUCCUGCGUAGGAUCUGGAGGCCAUUUUUAUGUGUAAACAAUUUAGUAUCAAGAAACGACCUUUUUUUUCCUUUUUUUUUCAAAUCAAUGGAAAACACUGAAACUUAUGGUUGUUUUAGUACAAAUAUCUUCGAGAGCAUGGAAAAAGCUUUAAAAUGGUGUAUUAUAAAGGUUGAUAUACUCAUUUAUUGUUAAUAUAUUGAGAAAAAAGGUCGAAAUUGCAAAAAAAAUAAUUUCGCAAUAACUAUUGUAAAAAUUAGUAUAUAGCUUUGAAUUUUUUGUCAAAUGAGGAUUAUUUGGUGCUUAAUAAGUGACAAAAAUUUUAAAGCGGUUCAGUCAGUUGUUUAAAUUUUAUUCAAAUUUAUUGUUUAUCCCAGAGAGCAGAAUUAUUUUUUGCAAUAACAUAAGUCAGAAAAAAAUAAUGUUCAAACCAUUAUACAGGUGUCAAAUGAAAGAGCAUGAGCGAAACUUUCAAACUGGUUUAAAAAAAAGUGAACUAAAAUGCAUGUAUUAGUAAUAAGUAAUUGUGCAAAAGUAUCGUCAAUUUUUCCUUAUAAACUUUUUGAAUAACGUUUUUCAAAAAAAUCUAUUUUUUUACCGUGUUUUAGGUGCACAACUACCAAGUAAUGUUAUGUAUAUAAUAAAUGAUAAAAAAUUGUAAUAAAUAUGUAUAAUUUAUUAUAUAAAAAAAAUAAAAAGUGUAUAAGGAAAAAUUGACGAUACUUUUGCAUAAUUAUUUAUUACUAAUAAAUGCAUUUUUAAUUCGCUUUUUUUAAACCAAUAAAUAUGAAAGUUUAGCUCAUGCUCUUUCAUUUGCCACCUGUAUAAUGGUUGUAACAUUAUUUAUUUCUGACUUAUUGCAAAAUAAAUAUGCUCUCUGGGAUAAAUAAUUUGAAUAAAAUUUAAACAAUUUAAUGAAUCGCUUUGAAAUAAUUUUGUUACAUAUUAACACAUUCACGGUCAUGACUGCAUAUGAAGUCAUUUACUUCAUAAGAAUACGUGUAUACAAUGACAGCGUGUCCGUGAAUGCGUUAAGCACCAAAGAACACUCAUUUGACAAAAAUUUCAAAGCUGUACACUAGUUUUUACAAUGGUUCUUGCGAAAUUAGUUUUUGUGCAAUUUCGUCCUUUUUUCACAAUUAUAUUAACAAUAAAUGAGUAUAUCAACCUUUAUGAUAUGCCAUUUAAAGCUUUUUACAUGCUCUCGAAGAUCUUUGUAUUAAAAAACCAUAAGUUUCACUGUUUUCCAUUGAUUUGAAAAAAGGAAAGGCUGUUUUGACACUAAAUUGUUUAUAAAUAAAAAUAGCCGCCAGAUCCUGCGCAGGAAAUAACCACAAUUUUUUCCUAUAGGUAUUACCUGUCGAAAAAACGCUUCAGUACCCUGGCUGUGGAAGUGUCAUGAAAAAAAACCUUAUUGCCCUGAACUAUAUUCGUCACCUACUUCCUUGAACCAUUUAUGUACACUUUACUACCAGAUAAGUGAUCGUAAAAAAGUAUAAACCCCUUUUUAUGUUUCUGUUAGUUUCUGUUAGUUUUAGAAUCCGAUUGACUAGUUUCUGUUAGUCAAGAUCAUUUUAAUAUCCAAUUUGUUUUUUGUAUUUUCAAGCAAUCAAUAUAAAUCAAUAAAUUAAAUUCAUCAAUAAAUUCAAAUCAAUAAAAUCGAUAAAUUUUCAACAUUCCUAGCUUACCAUUACUCCGUGGGAAAGAAUAAAGAAUGAUGAAAUGUGAACUACAAAUUCUCAUGUUUGAUUAAAUUUGUUAAACUAAUAUUUUUUAUAAAUAUCUACAACUUAGCCUAGUAGGAAAAUAGAUUUUUCAAUGCUCAAACUUCGAACUUAGGAGAUGUAGAAUAGUUUCCUAGCCAAAAUAUUCGAUUAUUUCCAAGACUUUUGGGCCAUUUGUUUUUAUUUUUGAUUUCGAUCUCUGGGUUCUGCUGCAGUUCUUAAUCUCGUCCCCGAUAUUGCACAAUUUAGUGUGGAGCAGUUCCUAUCGAUCGAAAAAAUUAGUUUUUAAUAGUUUUAAAGUUCCCAGUGAUAAUUAUUUUAAUAAAAAUUAUUAUUUUAUUCUAGUACAUAACUGAUUGUCAUAUAUAUUCACUGUUUUUUGUUGAGAAGUGUUAUUUAUGUGCGGCGAAAACGGCGGCUUCGUUGGAAAAAUAUUCCCAUGAGAUUUUUUGCAUAAUCACAUUCGUGAGACACCCCAGAAUAAGGUUCAAGAAGUCGCCCACGUCAAAAGUGGUCCCAAUUUGUUUAAACAAUUUUUUAAAACAAAUUGCAAAAAUCAGUUUUUUUGACCCGGGCGAUUUUUUAAGGUUUUUUGGACCAUUUUGAACAAAUAAAAAACUGUUGUAAUUUUUCUCUAAUGUUGAUCGUUUUCGGGUUACAUACAGUAAAACCUGCGUUAACCGAAAUAAUUGGAGGGUAGGCCAGUGCCGUUUUAUCCAUUGGGCGCUUGGGGCCCAGAAGCCCGGGCCCCGGAGGGGCCCGUAGGGACCCUUCCUUUUAUUAAUAAUAAAUUAAAGUCCGCUAAAUAAUCGAGGACCAUAUUUUUUUAAAUAGAGAGAAACACUACGAAAUACGUGCGAUUUCGAUAUGGUCUGAUUUUAAGACUGAUAAAUAAGAACUGUGACAACUUUUAAACCAAAGAGCGAUUCCUUAGAAAAUUGUAAAAAAAAUGUAUGAAGCUGGAGACAAAGCUUAUUAUAGAAGAUUAAAUGAAAGCAACUCUUAUAGAGUAAAACCCAAUGGAGGCAAAGAGAAGUGUUAAAGCUGUUUAUUGUUACCCGUGCAAAUUAUUUUCAAUUGAAAAAAAUAGUUUAACUGAUUUUGGAUAUAUUUUACUCACUGGAAAUAGUUGAAUAGUUUACUCAAAUCUCACGAAGAAAGUAAAUUUCAUCUGAACUCUAUGGUUACAUUAAUAACAAGAUCAUCAGUUGGAGUUAGAUGGAUCAUCAGUUAAAUUGGAGUUAUAGACGCUGGCUUGAAAGAGCAAGUAGAACACGAAGCUGACUAUUGAUUAAAGGUCCUAAGAAGAAUUGUUGUCGCUAUUUAAUUACUUGCUCCUCAAGGUGUAGCUUUUCGUUGAUCCCAUGAGAAUUUAACGAGUCGUCAUGAGGAAAAUUACUUAAGUUGUCUUGUAUACUUUGCUUUUGACAACUUCUUAGCUCAGCAUUUACAGCGGAAUGCGAAUAAAAAAAGGUUCAGUUAGCUAUCUGUCUGACCAAACUUGCAAUGAAUUUCUGGAAGCGAUGAAAACAAAACAUGUAGAAACUUUUUACGCUGUAAAUGCUUUACUUAAAAACUACGGAUCCAUCAAACAUAUUUUUCCAGUUCAGCAAUUAUAGAGACAAAAAAUCAGCAGUUAGAAGUGAUGCCAAGACACUGCAUAAUAAAUGGAUACCUUUGAGACAGGUUAACUUGGAUACUCUAUUGACACUGAUUUGGGCAAGGAUUUUAAAACGAGUGAAUUCAACAAGCAAAAAGAAGUGGAGCAACUGAAUUUUGAUAGUAUUAAUAAGGCAGUUUGCUAAUGCCUAUUAGUCAAGAAAAAAAGUGAGCAAAUUUUUGUGUUAUAUAUUUUUUAGAAUAUGUUUUUUUGUUUGUCAUGUGUUGUUCUGUAUAACUUUCUGUUUUUUUUUUAUAUUUUUAAAUGUAUUUUUUGGAAUAUUUUUUACGUUUGCUAUUUUUCUCGUUUGUUUUAAAAAUCUUUUUUAAAAGUUUUAAAAAUGUAUGGGUUUUACAAUAAACGUUUCUGGUUAAUGCAGGUUAAUGCAUGUAUUUUUUUGUUAAAAAAAUUGACAACGAAUAGCAAUGAAGGGGGCCCCUAAAUCUCUAGUACCCAGGGCCCGAAGUUAGGUUAAACCGGCACUGAGGUAGGCCGUUUCGGAUAACAAAAGUUUCGGUUAAAAAUAUCAUUGUUUUUUGUAUUCUUCUUGUAUCAAAUUACAUGGUAUUCUUGGUCAAAGUUGGUAUUAAAAAAUAGUAUGAGGUGAUUUCAUAAUGUGUUCUAUAUUUAAUUGCGUUCUUUAUUUGUAUAAAAGCAAUGUUGACCAUGUUGACAAAUUAACAUCGAAUUGUUUCCAUUUUACGAUAAAAAUGUUCUUUUAUUGACGAAAUUAUAGAAACUAUCAGCCGUUUCGGUUAAACGAUGUUUCGUUUAAAAAGGUUUCGGUUAACGGAGGUUUUACUGUAUAAGCAAUUUAAAAUUGAAAAAAAAAAAAUGAAAAAUGGCGAUUUUCAAGGCCCAAAAGCACCAGUAAAAGAUAUUAUUUUUGAGCUUGCCUAAAUUAAAGUUCAAACUUUCUUGUAUCCUUUCUCGAUGAGUAUUUUGGGCUUAUUUUAGUUUAAACUAUUGUUUUUUAAUUGUUAAUGUAGCGCUUAUGACAGGGCGGGCGCUCAUGCUGUCGCGCGUCUGAACUAUAUUAUAUUGUGUAGCUCGGGCGUUCUCGGCGCUUUUUUAUAUAUACAUACGUUUUUGGCAACCGUGUUUUUUAGUUUUUAUAAAUCAAUAUUAUUUUUAAUGUUUGUUAUAAUUUUUGAAGGUGUAAAUAACAAUUAAAAAAUUAAUAAAGCGUACGAAAAUAUGUACUAUUUUAGGAGUUGUUAAAUAUUUUGCAUAUUAUGGGUUAUGGGCAACACUGCUAACAUUAUAAUUACGUAUUUUUUAUGGGAAAUAAGCCACAAUUUUACUAAAAAAUGAAUUUAUUUUUUAGUAAAAUUGUGGCUUAUUUCCCAUAAAAAAUACGUAAUUAUAAAAAUGCCACAAGGAAAUAGCUUCAGAACAACUGCUAACAUUAUUAAGUCGAGUUGAUUCAUAUACAGUAUACACCGCAAAAAAAGCAGGGACCUGUUGCAUCGUACAGGUUUAAUGCAGGUCAGGCUCGUAAACUAUAACUAAAUAAUUAAGUAUUCUAUUUUUGAUAUCGGCAUUUUUGCAUUCAAAUUAUAAUUUAAAAUUUUAAUCUUAAAAAUUACUAAAUUUAAUUUUAAUCUUAAAAAUUUUUAGAUCUCAAUGAUAAAAACUAAAAAAAUUAAUUUUGCUGCACAUUUGUAAAAUUUCGAACGCUUUAUUAAUUUUUUAAUUGUUAUUUAUACCUUCAAAAAUUAUAAUAAACAUAAAAAAAUCAUAUUGAUUUAUAAAAACUAAAAAACAUACAUAUAUGUAACAAGUAUAAAAAAACGCCGAGAACGCCCGAGCUACAUAAUAUAAUAUAGUCCAGACGCGCGACAGCCCGAGCGCCCGCCCUGUCAUAAGCGCUGCAUUAACAAUUAAAAAACAGUAGUUGAAAAUAAAAUAAGCCCAAAAUACUCAUCGGGAACGGAUACAAGGAGGUUUGAACUUUAAUUUAGGCACUUGGUAACCUCAAAAAUAAUAUUUUUUGCUGGUGCUUUUGGGCCUUGAAAAUCGCCAUUUUUCGUUUUUUUCAAUUUUAAAUUGCUUAUAACUCGAAAACGAUAAACUUUAGAGAAAAAUUACAAGAUACCUUUUUUGUUCAGAAUGGUCCAAUAAAUCUAAAAAAAAAAUGUCCGGGCCGAAAAUGUUGAUUUUUGCAAUUUGUUAAAAAAAUUGUUUAAACAAAUUGGGACCACUUUUCGCGUGGGCGACUUCUUGAACCUUAUUCUUGGGUGUCUCACGAAUGUGAUUAUGCAAAGAAAUCUCAUGGGAAUAUUUUUUCCAACGAAGCCGUCGUUUUCGCCUUGUCUAUAUAUCUUAUAUCGAAUGUUACACAGCGUAAUUAAGUAUAGUUUAAGUAGGGAUUUUUAGUGGGAUGAAUAAAAAAAUAUAUGGUAUGACUUGCUUGUUUUCUUGGAAUUAAAAAGGAGGUAUUGCUAAGCAAUUAAGUUCUUUUUAAAAAUCUUCGUAAAUGGUGUGUCACAAGAGGUAUAUUUAUAUCAAAAAAUACCCUUUCGAGUAACAUCGCAGAAUGUUUUGGGAAUAAUAAUUCCAUCAUCAAUGUUCUUUACAGGUAUACAUGCUUUGAUCCACCAAAAUAUCUGAGUGAAAUGUUAUAACUUGUUAUAAAGUAAAAUUUUUAUAUAAAAUAAUGUGAUGUUUAAACUCUUCCUUGAUUACCUAUACAUUAGGACAACGUAGGACUUCCCCCGCACUGUGGGCUGCGGGUCCUGAGAUUAGAACCUCUCAAUACGGACUGUACAUAGCAAGUGUUGCUAUCAACUAUUUGAAACUAGAUGAUAGAAUAACAGGAAACCAACUGGGAUCUAGAAAAGGCUUUGGCACUAUUAGAGGCAUUAUUUACUAUAAAAACACUCAUAGAACGGUGUCGAGAUGUCAACUGUGACGUAUACAUAAUAUGUCUAGUUGACUUUGAGAGAGCUUUCGACAAAAUACAACACAGAAGGCUUGCAAACAUAUUAAGGAAAACAGAAAUAGAUUAUCAGGAUGUGAGAAUCAUUACCAAUUUAUAACGAUAUCAGAAAGUCAUAAUACGAGAGAGUAGAACCAACAAAAAUCUAAAGACAUACCUAUAAGAAGGGGAGUACGACAAGGCUGUGUACUAUCCUCUCUUCUUUUUAAUAUUGUACAGGAUUGAUAUUAGCAUCCAAAAAAUAAGUAGUCCAUAUCGAUUUAAUUUUUAAAAGUCUCAAAAAAAUAUUAUUUACAUGUACUGUUUACAUUACGUAAAUGGGUGACAUUGCUUCAGCAAUGUAUGCCACUCGUUUUGAAAACAACGGAGUCAGCAAUUAUGUACUAUUAGUAAUUCACGGUCACAUUCAAGUAUGAAAUCAUAACAAACAAUUGGGAUUUAUUUAUAGAUACGUAGAAAGUAAAGAAAGAUAUUCAUUAUUGAGAAACCGACGUGGUUAGAGUAGGGACAUUAUCCAUCCCGACACCAACUAGUUACUGUUGUGUUUAGUGUUCUAAAUAAAUAUCUUUCGGUAAUUAGUGUUUCAACUAAAUCAACCCCAUCAUCGGGAGUAACAACCCCCAAUACCAAGAUAAUAUGUGCUCAGAAGAGAUGUUUAAAGAGGUAGAAAACAUCAAUGAAGGCAUUUCAAUUAAUGGAACACUAGUGAAUAAUCACAGAUAUGCAGAAGAUACAAUACUCCUUGUGGACAUCAAGGAAAUAGAGGACCGUGAAAACAACACACGUCUUGGUUGAAAAAUUGAAAGCAGUGGAGUAAAAACAACAAUAUAACUCUUCAGAACUGUCGCAGAUAGAGUAAAAUGAGCCAUUAUGAUCGCUAAUGUCCGUAAAGGAUGAGGCAUACGAAGAAGAAGAAUUACUUAAUAUGUACUCAAUUGCUCUCGGCAAAUUUUUAUGUUUAUUAUUUACCGAAAUACGUACGUAAGUCACUAAUAGAUACUUGGUAUAUUAAUAAAAUAUCGUUCUGGAAAAAUUUUCUUGUGGCAUUUCUAUGUCUUCGUCUUCUUCUUCUUUUUUUCUUCUCUGUUUGGUUUUUCAAUGUGCUUCCAAGUAGUUGUCAUUCCAUUGUUUUCGUGGUCUUCUGGUCUUCCCACUGAUCGUCUUCCUUUUGGGGAACCGUCUCUCGCCGUUCUUGCUUCUCCUUUUCUUCUUCUUUUCUCUUCUCUUUCUGGCUUUUCAAUGUGCUUCCAGUAAGUUGUCAUUCCAUCGUUUUCGUGGUCUUCUGGUCUUCCCACUUAUCGUCUUCCUAUUGGGGAACCGUCUCUCGCCGUCCUUACUACUCUAUUUGUUAUAAUUCGGCCUAUGUGGUCAUUCUAUUCUACUCUUGUUUUUACACAGUUAUUAAUACUUAUUUAAUGCUUACAAAUUAAUACAUACUUACAACUCCGUCGUAUAUCUGCACUUCUAGCUCUGUCCCGUAGUGUCUUACCAUCGAUUUUUCGAAAGGUUUUCAUCUCUUGUGGCAUUUUUAUAUUACAUAUAUAUAUAUAUAUAUAUAUAUAUAUAUAUAUAUAUAUAUAUAUAUAUAUAUAUAUAUAUAUAAUCGGUUUAUAACGUUCUACGACGUCUUCCGAUUCCCAAUCGCCAUUGCUCUCGAUCGUAGCACAUGUCUUCGUUCAAGCCUCUUUCUCCGAUUUCCCUAUGGAUUCCUUCUAUCCAGCUUUUCCUAGGUCUUCCUCUCUUCCGCCGUCCUUUUGGUGCCCAUCGUAGCACUUGCUUGGGUAAUCUGUAAAUUUUUAUAUUACAUACCUACUAUAAAUGAAACAUUUAAAUUGAAAAUGCGGGAGAUUUGUUUAAAACACGCGAGACCAGAAUAUUAAAAAAUAUAAAGUAUUUUCAAUUAAAAUUAUAGUUUAUUCCUAUUUAAUAUAGAACGUGAUCUGCCUCACAUAUACCUAUAAAUAUAGCCUUAUCACCUGAAUUUUCCAAGAAACCAACAAAAUUUAUUCAAUAAUGAAAAUUUUUUUAUUCGACCAAAAUUUGCUGGAAUAAUGGAUAAACUUUUGGACACGUAUGAGUAAUAAUUUCGUGAAAUAUUCGAUAUAAAUGUAUAAAUUAUAUCUGUAAUUAAAUAUACUUUAAUAGUCUCUUUGUUAAAUCUCAUAAACUAGAUCUGUUGUAUAACUUUUCUACAUUUAGUAGUUAUAAAAUAUUUAAUGUUAAAACAAUUUUAAAGAAUGAAAAGAAAAAAACGAAAACUUAUAUUUAAUGUUAAAUGUUUCAGUAAGUUUAAAUUGCUCGAAUUGAAUGGUCCUUAAUAUUGCACAUACAAGGUGAUUCAUUAGUGUGAUAAAGCUCAGUAGAUCCGUUACAGUAAUAGAUAGCGUAAUAACAGUUAAUGACAAAAAUUGUAGCCAACUCUGAGAUUCAUAUUACAAAAUUAGUAAGAAUGUUACAGGGUGUUCGAUAACAUAUUGGCAGACCAAACAUAUGUUUGUUUAAAUGGAACACCCUAUAUUUUAUUUUAUAUUUAUAUUCGAAAUCUUCUUAACUUUCCCAUCACAAAAAUUUAAAGGUUUGUUAUGUUAUACAGGCACGGGCGCCCAUAUACAAAUUUUCAGAGGGGGGACAGACGUGAAGAUGUUGCACAUUAUAUUUUGUAUACUUUGGAUAACCAUAUAUAGUUUACAGCACCCGAAAAGUAAGGGAGGGCCACGGUCUCCCCUGCCCAUGGAUACGGGCCCUAUGUAUACAGCGUAUUUACAAAGUUAUAAGCAAUUUUCUAUGAAAAUAGUAACAAGUUCAACUUCCUGUAUAAAUAAAACCAAUAAACACAACAGCAAUGGUUUCUUGGUGCCAUAUUUUUUUAAGUUUCAAAAGGUUUCAAAAUUUUUAAGAACGGUUGCUAAUUUUCAUUGUAUCAAAUACAGGGCGAGUCAAACGCAAGUACAUCAUUUUCUCAGUAAUUUUAAAUGGACCACCCUAUAUUUUAUGUCAAUAUCGAAAAGUACCAUUACCGUACUUUAUAUAAUAUUCCCUAUGUCUAAAUUUAUUAGUGUUCGAGAUAUUUUCAUUUUUCAGAGCAAAUUAUUAAUUAGGAGUCUAAAUUUUUCCAAAUCGUAAGUAAGCCAUGGCUGAAUUGUCUAAAACUAACAAUUUACGAUUACUAAUUAUCAAUUCGGUAAUCAAUCUAAUAAUGUAGCAAAUAAAAAAAAUAAUUUAUUAGUAAUAAAUUUUAAAAAAACAAACACAAAAUACAAAAUUUUUGAAACAAUUAAAAGCUACUUUUAAAUGAGGCCCUUAGAACACAAGAUAAGUGACCCCUUAAAUUUUAGAAAAUUGGGUUUUAAAUACAAAAAUGGACUCCCAAACACAUUGAAAACAUGGUGGCUUUAAACUUUCUACAUAAACUAACAAUAAAAUGACCAAAAAUGACAUGUCAUUGAAAACAUGCUAAGUACUUAAAAAAACAUAAUUUUGGUCUGCCACUAUGUUAUCGAACACCCUGUAAUAUUUUAACUAAUUUUGUAAUGUGAAGCUCAAAGUUAGCUACAAUUUUUGUUAUUUCCUUUUUGGCUCUCUAUUACUAUAGCGGAUCUAUUGAGUUUUAGCACACUAAUUAAUCAUCCUGUAUAUAUCGUUUUACAAAAUUACCUGAAACCGUUGAUUGAAUAUCUCAAUCAACGCUGAAACAUAUACAUAGUUAAUAACGAACUGUGAUUUUAAAGCAACCUAAACCAGAUGACUAUUUUAGGAACAUUGUUUUUUUUUCGGUUUUCGAAUUUUCUCGCAUGUCCAAAUAGUUCUAAACGUUUUUUUUUUAUUUGCAUAAUAAUAUUAAGGACCAUUUUGUCAAAAGUAAAUGUCAAUAGUUGUUGUUGGAAAUUUGAAUUCGUUACUUCAUGGAAUACAACUUUUGUUAAAUUUGUGUUCUGCGUUGUGGUUUAAGGGUAUUUAAGCAAUAGUUUUUUUUUAGAAAUGUUUGUUGUACUUUGAAUCUUCUGUAAAACGUUUAUCUUCAAUAUAUUUCUAUAUUACGUUGAA